UUUUUUUUUUCCUUCAAGUUCCCUCGCGCUCCAAGUUCCGGUGUUUGUUCCUGGCCCUGGCAUUUAUCUUAUCCCGCUUUCACACACACACCUUCCUUUCAUACCUUCAGGUCCCGCUCCAAGCUAUCUCAACAUCUCUCUUUCUUUCUUCCAUUGCGAUCUUGCCUUCCCUCUCACUCAACUCAUCUCAUCUCAUCACCUCCCAGAGCAACACAUUCCUUUUUUCACAAUGGGUUGGGCACCGAUGGAACCAGACCUUGACGCCUGCGGGAUGACCAAUUGGGUUGGAUCCUUCGACCCCAUCAAAUAUAUCUAUUUUAUGCUCGCCACGGUCUUGAUCCCCUAUCCGACCUAUGUCUUUGUCGCGACAGUCUUCAAUUGGGAACACCGUGCCAAACGACCUGCAAGGCACUACCAGGAUAUCCUCCAUGCGACCUCCUAUGGACUAAUCGUCUUUAUUUUCGGCAACUACGCACGAACGUUGAACUGGAUUACCAUCCUGGCUUUUUGGAUUACCUGGCCUAGUUACUCUCUGAUCGCAGAGCAACCGUUUGCAAAGACCUCGCUUCCCUCCUGGAAGACCUGGCCCUUCGGGAUGUACGCCCUCUUCGCUGGAGCCACGGCCGUAGUCCUCGCCUUUGCAGGUUACCAUAUCUAUCUCGGCGUGAUCCUUAAUAGGACCGUGCCCGGAUUCGUGGGAUACUACCUCCUUGCGCUCCUGAUCCCUGUCAUCCUGACACUUAUCGGAUUCGCUUGUCUCAAGCAGCAGAACCAGGACGCGUUCGGGCUCUCGAGGGUCUAUGGGGCCAUGUUGCGGCUGCAGUGGAAGUGGGCGACACGGACAGCGAGACGGAAGGCUGAGAAGCAAAUGGCGCUUGCGGAUGGGUCGAAGACACAGAAGAAGCCGACGAUCGAUCCUCCGCCUGCUCAGCAGUCAGCGGAGGCAGGAGCACCCGUGCAAGCAGGUACAGUCGUGAUCGAAGUGGGGGAUCAACACCAACCGAGUGCCCAUGUUAGUCGUACAGGAAGUUUUGAUCCACUCGUCGUCGACCGGAGUAAUAACAACCCUCCUGUUUUUUCAACGGAUUAUAAUGCAGUGGAGCAGCAGCAACCUCCGACGACAACGACGGAGCUGCAGACGGUAGCUCCGUUUCAGGCGUAUGUGUGGUCGGUGACUGUGCCAGGGUUCUUUCAUCCGCACCAUUGGCAGUUGUUCUAUACACUGGCGUUCUUUACUAGGUUCGAUCAUUGGGUCUCUAGGGUUGGAGCCGGUAUCACGCUCGGUUGUUACAUGCAGGGUAUCAUGGCGUAUGGAUACGACUAUUUGAUCGAAGAGUAAACGAAAAACGCGCCCGGAACUGAGGCCAUGCGGAAAAUACGCGUCUUCGGGAAAUGCGCGCCCGCGCGGUAACUUGACCUUCACUUAAAAUCGCACACAUACCACUAUCCCUAUAUACAUACAUAGCAUAAUAAAUAAAUGGGUCCCCUUCCUCAGGUCCCUCUCGCCCCCCUUGGCCAUGGACCCCCGGAUGUGAAUCCAAUUGAUCGUAUCCAAGAG